UGCCAUCGGUAUGCGGGUACUUCAUGUGUAACGGGAUGCGGCUACAGAAGCUCCGCUCACAAUACUGGCUUUGUACUGCGGCAGGUUGUGCAGGUCUCAGUGGGGACAGUUUCAAUGCAACACGUGACACUUAUCAAAGUCGCCACAGGCGAGGUCAUCAAGAAGCAGGUCAAGGGGAUUUCAUCUGAUGAAGAUGUUGCUUCCUCUGAUGUUGGAGUGGAGCACGUUUCAGGCGUCACUGCGGGAGAUGAUGAAGAGGACAACAUGCAACACGUGACAAACGUUGUCAAUGAUGUUCACAUCACAGGCGCCACAGGCGGAGAUGACAGCGUUGAUGAAGAGGACAACAUGAAGCAGGUUACGGUUAUUUCAUUCGAUGAAGAUGUUGCUUCCUCUGAUGUUGGAGUGGAGCACAUUUCAGGCGUCACUGGGGGAGAUGUUGACAACUCGACUGUAGUUGGCGUGGUAAAAGGCGGAAUGCGCAAUAAACAGACCGUGAUUGACAGCGAUAUCUGUAUCACAGGCGGCAGAGGCCUGCCUGACGGAGAUCUCACCGAUGCAGAUGACAAAACGAAGGAAGUCACUGGAGUUGCAGGUGGUGUUGUCAAGGACGCUACUGUUGUUGGGGAAGUACACGGAGGCAUGGAAAAUGAACAGACCAUCGAAAAUUCUAAAAUCUACUCUGAUGGUGGCUUCGGCGGAAACCUUCAGUUCCUUGACCUGAACAUCCGACAGAGAGACGAUUCUGGCGAACAGCAAGAUGGCGCUGUGCAGAUCAUCAAAGACUGCAUCAUUGAUCUCCGAAAACCUGAUGACCCCACAGACAAAGGCGUCAAGCGUGAUGAUGCAGAUUGCAACAAGGAUGAAGCAGGAUCUGCAACUGGAGACUCUGUUGAGGAGCCAGAUGAAGAAACUGAAAAAGAAGAAAUGCAGAAAAAGAUACAGGAAGUGAAGGAGCAGUCGGAGAGGGAGGAAGAAACACGACGACUCAUGCAGGAAAAACAGGCAGCCAUUGAGGAACAAGAAACACGACGACUCAUGCAGGAAAAACAGGCAGCCAUGGAGGAACAAGAAACACGACGACACAUGCAGGAAAGACAGGCAGCCAUGGAGGAACAACUGCAAAGGGAACAAAGAGAACGAGAACAGAUGCAGGCUGAGGUGCAGAGAAUAAGCAAUGAACAAAGACAAAAUGCUGCAUACAGAGGGUAUCCCAAUCCUCACAUGGCUGCUGGUGGGGUGGUGGUAGCUCCAGGUGCCACGAGAUUGGCGUAUGUGAACCCUAACCCUAAGAAAGGGAAAGGCCUUGUGGAGAACAUACAACAAUUCUUAAAUGGGCUGAAGAACUUGAAAUAAACAGAAGAAGCAGUGCCUCAAACGACAACCUAAGGUUACAAAGAGGAUUCUCCAGACAGACAUCAGUAACAAUACGUGUAGCUACCUUGAUGCAAGGACUUGAUAUACAACAAUGGACAGACGGGUUCAGAACAUUUCAAUCCAUGUAACUUCAAAAGUCAUUUUUAGAAAGGGAUCAUCGAAUAUGUUUUAUACUUUUCAAAGUUCAUGCUUCAUUCGCGACAUGUUUCAGAAUCACUUCUACUUAGAAAGACAACCUUCCUGGAAUGUUGUUUGGUCAGUCUCUUUAAAGUCUGUUGAUUAUCGCCAUUACUGCAAAUCUCGUUCAGGCGUCUGGGUUGCCUUGUGUUGAAUCCAAAUAUGGUCAUAUUGUAAAAAGAUAAUGCCAACAGCUGGAAUGUGCAAAAAGUGUCGUAAUACUCGCUCACUCGCUUUUUCAUUCUCAAAUAUAUUUUUUCCUCAAACGAACAAGACUUUUGUAUUAUGGUUAUUUCCUAUUGUAAACAUGCUCCUACAAUUCAUCAAUAACUAUUGCAUUUGAGUAGCAUCAAUUCAUAAGCUAUUUGAUGCCUAAGCUUAUGAACUUCAUCACAACUGCGAAUGGCGGGUGCGAGCAGGUCCCCAGCAGCUGAUGGCUGUCGUAAGAGGCGACUUGAUGGAUCGCGUGGUCAGACUGCGCUGACUAUAACAGCCAUACAGUCAGUAAUACUCUUUGCGGGUUAUAUAUCUUUGUAGUUGUAAGGUAACAUUUUUGUUUCUCCUAUCCUUUGUUGCAAUCGACUGAGAAUAUAUAUUGUAUAUAGUUCCUCAGAUUCUUCAGAUUUAGAUAACUUUUGAAAGAGUGAGAGAGUUGGGUUUAACGCCGCUUUUAACAGUAUUCCAGUUAUAUUACAGCGUGUCAGCUUAAUGUGGGAGGAAAGCCCGAAGUGAUGCAGGUCUUAGACGUUUACCACUUCGGUGAAACCCACGAGUACGGGUAUGGUGCUGCCAAACCUAGAAACAUAAUCGGGGCGAACCGGGAUUCGAACCCACAAUCAUAGGUUUCUGGACUUUUGAAAGAGUAAACUCAAAUGGUCCAACGUAUUACGACACACCUUUGGUGAUGAGCCCAGUUUUCAGGUUUACACUUCCGGGCGAUAACUAAAAGAUCCCUUCUUGUAAGGGGCGGUCGGGUAGCCUAGUGGUUAAAGCGUUCGGGCGUCAAGCCGAAGACCCGGGUUCGAUUCCCGACAUUGGUACAAUGUGUGAAGCCCAUUCAGACUACCACAUCUUGUUUUUCCAUAGGGAGGUAGGGCUUCCAGGAUAGUAUCUGGCAAUAUUAUCAGGGCUGAUUGCAACACGAUAUUGACUAAACCGCGUGAGGUGGCAACUUGGACAUAUAAUCAUCUGUAGUUUUAAUUCUGCAUAUAAGUCGCAAUUUCAAGGGUUGGUGAAACGUUCCGACGUGUUAGAUAGGGAGAAAUAACGUUUCAAGGUUUGACAUUUGUAAUGACAUAAUUAUACUUUCCCGUAAAAGGUAUAAAAUAUAGAGGAUAUUCCUUGUGUCGAGUGAAAGAUCAUGUUUCUCUCAUUGAGUGUAGCCCUGUCACAUAUUCAGCCAGACAGUUUGGGUAACUGUGGGGUGCUUCUGUUUUAAACACCAUCAUAUCUGUUGUAACGUUUUAGUGAGUUUAACGCCGCCUUUAACAGUAUUCCAGUUAAAUCACGGCGUGUCAGCUUAAUGUGGGAGGAAAGCCCGAAGUGAUGCAGGUCUCAUACGUUUACCACUUCGGUGAAACCCACGAGCACGGGUAUGGUGCUGACAAACCAAGAAACAUAAUCUUGGUUGUAACGUUUUUACCUAGACUGCAAUAUAUUCCACAUGCAGCUGUUAAGGCUGGUUCUGUAUAGUCUAUCAUUAUAUUGACCAAAACAUAUUAAGCAGACGUUAUAUAUUUUUUCACUCACUCACUCACUCACUCACUUGUAUUUUACUCCACAUAUAUUAUACGUGCAGCUGUUGUCAGAUUUAUUCUGAAGAAACUGAGUAAUUAUAUUUUGAUCAAUUGCAUGCUAUCCGGAUGAAGAAGCUAAGUUUGCAUAUGUGUAGUAAAUGAAACGCAUGUAAAAUCCCGCGGAACUGAGAACAGUCUGUUAAAGUAGGCUUCAGAAACAAAUAUGCAAGGAUGACAUACUAAUUGACAUAACUCACUUACACACAUUGCGACAUAGUGUAGUUCUGUUCAGGAGCACGUUUACAGAAAUACGUGUGCAAGGAUGACAUACUGAUUGACAUAACUCACUUACACACAUUGCGACAUAGUGUAGUUCUGUUCAGGAGCACGUUUACAGAAAUACGUGUGCAAGGAUGACAUACUGAUUGACAUAACUCACUUACACACAUCGAGACAUAUUGUAGUUCUGUUCAGGAGCACGUUUACAGAAAUACGUGUGCAAGGACGACAUACUGAUUGACAUAACUCACUUACACAAAUCGAGACAUAUUGUAGUUCUGUUCAGGAGCACGUUUACAGAAAUACGUGUGCAAGGAUGACAUACUGAUUGACAUAACUCACUUACACAAAUCGAGACAUAUUGUAGUUCUGUUCAGGAGCACGUUUACAGAAAUACUUGUGCAAGGACGACAUACUGAUUGACAUAACUCACUUACACACAUCGAGACAUAGUGUAGUUCUGUUCAGGAGCACGUUUACAGACAUACGUGUGCAAGGACGACAUACUGAUUGACAUAACUCACUUACACACAUUACGACAUAGUGUAGUUCUGUUCAGGAGCACGUUUACAGACAUACGUGUGCAAGGACGACAUACUGAUUGACAUAACUCACUUACACACAUUGCGACAUAUUGUAGUUCUGUUCAGGAGCACGUUUACAGAAAUACGUGUGCAAGGACGACAUACUGAUUGACAUAACUCACUUACACACAUUGCGACAUAUUGUAGUUCUGUUCAGGAGCACGUUUACAGAAAUACAUGUGCAAGGAUGACAUACUGAUUGACAUAACUCACUUACACACAUCGAGACAUAGUGUAGUUGUGUACUGACUGGAUAAACCAACCAGAACAGGCAAAUAUUUAUAACAUUUUUUACCGAUAAAAACAUUUGGUUUAACGAUUGAGCCAUUGACAUGUAAGUUGGGUGUAUCAGCCAAAAUAUAUAUCUUCAAGUAAAUUAUGUUUUGCUCUUGUAAUUAGUAUUAACAACUAUAGGUUCGUAUAUUCGCUAUAUAUACUCAACAAUGUUUUAUUCCCUUAAAGCGGUCACAAUUGCGUAAAUAAGGGUUAUAUUUUGUGAUAACAUAUUUUGACAAGGACCCUUUUAAGUUUAUUUUCUGAAGAUGAUGUUUUGGUACUAGGAGAAGGCAUUAAUACCCUGCCGAUAUAUGUAAUGGCACCACAAAUUAAAUGCACAAAUUCAGUUGUCCAUGACAGGUAUCUGGAGCGAUAUUACCAACAUCCUAAACUAUGUUUCUUAUUGGUUUCCAUUUGUGAAUAAACUUUAUCAUUUUGUUA